AUGGCGACGCAGAACCAAGACCGCCUGCGCACGCACUUCGCCUCGCUGGAGUCGACAACGCGCGCACAAGGCAGCGGCUGGGACACGCUGUGGGAGCGCGCCUCCUUCCUUCCGUGGGACAGGGGCUACGCGAACCCGGCGCUCAUCGACCUGCUCUCGAGCUCAAGCUCGUCCGCAGCGCCGCCGUCGUCGCCGGACGCGAAUCCCACGCCCGGCGCGCCCGCAGUUGAUGCGAAGCCCGUUGCAGUCCAUCUCCCCACGGCGGCCGAAGGGGGCAGGAGGAAGAAGGCCCUCGUCCCGGGAUGUGGGAAGGGGUACGAUGUUGCGCUGUUCAGCGCGUACGGGUUUGAUGCGUUUGGCUUGGAGGUCAGCCCGCACGCUGCGAAGGCGGCGGACGAGUAUCUGAAGAAUGCCGGCGCGGGGGCGUUGGACAACGAGUACGAGGGGAAAGACGGGGGCGCGGGGAAAGGGAGGGCUGUGUGUCUCGUCGGCGACUUCUUCGAUGAUGCGUGGGUGGCACAGGCCGGCGGGGGAGGCUUCGACAUCAUCUACGACAACACGUUUCUCUGUGCGCUCCCGCCGUCCCUCCGCCCCCAGUGGGCGAAACGCAUCUCCUCCCUCCUCGCGCCGGCCGGCAGGCUCAUCUGUCUCGAGUUCCCCACACACAAGCCCGCGUCGUCGGGCGGCCCGCCGUGGUCGCUGCCGCCCACGGUGCACGCGGAGCUGCUCAAGCGGCCCGGCGAGGAGAUAUCGUACGACGAGGCGGGCGUAGUGGUAGCCACGGAGCGCAGCGCCGGCGAGGGCGCGCUGAAGCGAGUAGCGCACUACGUACCACAGCGGACGCACGAAGUGGGCAUCAUCAAGGGCGUAGUGCGGGACUGCGUGAGCGUGUGGAUGCACUCCUAA